AUGUAUCUGGAAUUAGUUAUUCCGGUAUUAGUUAACGUUUUGCUCACUGUAUCCGCGCUGGAUUUGGUCAUCAUACAUACAAAUGACAUUCAUGCACGUUUUGAUGAGAGUGACAAACGGGCAGGAGACUGCUCUGAAGAUGAGCACCAAGCAGGAAAAUGUUUUGGAGGUGUUGCUAGAAUCGUAACGAAAAUCAAUGAAUUGAAAGAACAACACGAUAAUGUAUUGGUCCUGGACGCUGGAGAUCAAUUUCAGGGUACUCUGUGGUUUUAUCAUUACCGUGGUGCUGCCGCUGCUCACUUUAUGCAGACUAUAGGGUACGACGCGAUGGCACUUGGGAAUCACGAGUUUGAUAACGGUAUUGAUGACUUAGUCCCAUUCCUCGAAUCUGAUACUCCGGUAUUCCCUGUAUUGAGUAGCAAUAUCGAUGCCGUUGACGAACCAAGUGUCCAAGGCUUUAUACAGAAUUCCACCAUCAUAACACUCACCAAUGGUGAACAGAUUGGCAUUGUGGGAUAUACCACAAAGGACACACCGAAUCUGUCAAAACCAGGUAAUCUAAUAUUCAAUCCUGAAGUUGAAUCAAUCCGCGCCGAAGUAGAACGUUUGAAGACUCAAGGAGUUAAUAAAAUUAUUGUACUUGGACAUGGUGGAGUAAACAAAGAUAUGGACAUUGCCGGUAUGGUUGACGGAGUCGAUGUUGUAAUUGGUGGUCAUACCAAUACAUUCUUAUAUACAGGUGAGCCUCCUUCGAAUGAGGAUCCAUAUGACACCUAUCCAAUAGCCAUACACCCAGGCGAUGACGUCACACGUAAUGUACUAGUUGUGCAAGAUUACGCAUAUGGCAAGUAUUUAGGUUAUCUACAAGUGACCUUUGACACCGAUGGUGAAGUCAUCGAAUGGAGUGGAAACCCAAUUCUGUUGGACAAAACUGUUGAACAAGACCCAGAAACGCUUGCUGAUGUUCUGGAAUGGAAGGAACCAAUAUAUGAAAUGCAGAAUGACAUCAUCGGAUCUACACGUGUCUAUUUGGACGGUGAACGGCAGCAUUGUCGAACUCAAGAAUGUAACCUUGGCAACCUGAUCGCUGAUGCAAUGGUUCAUCAAAACAUGAAACACCCGGAUGAGACUAAAUGGGCUGACGUUACCAUCGCUCUCAUGAAUAGUGGGGCGAUUCGAAGUUCUAUUAAUGUAGACGAAACAGGAUUUCAUUCCAUCACUGUCGGAGAUGUGUUGAACGUUCUGCCGUACAGAGAUACAUUUGACCUAUUGGAAAUCAAGGGCAAGUCUUUACGUGAGGCUUUAGAACAUUCCGUUUCCGAGAUCAUUCCCGAAGAUCCUCAUCCCAGAUAUUUCCAAAUGUCGGGACUGAUCGUGACCUAUGACAUUGAACGGCCCGUUGGCGAACGUGUUGUCAAGGUGGAGGCGAAAUGUACAGCUUGUAGAGUGCCAGAAUUCCAUCCCUUGGAAGAUGAGGCUGUCUACAAACUUGUGUUACCAACAUUCAUAGCCAAUGGUGGAGACGGGUACGAUAUGUUUGUAGACGACAGGAUAUCAUAUCACAUUCCAGGCGAUUUGGAUACAGAUGUUUUGAUGGAGUACAUCACGACAAUGUCUCCAAUUACUCUCGGAUUGGAAAAUAGAAUCAACUAUGUUGUUGGAGGUAACCCGUGUAACAUAUCUAGCACUGCGUCCUCCAUGCAACAGUCAUCGUCCGCAGAAAAGGGACUGAGAACGACAUCUAAACGAGCAAUAACGAGUGUGGCGUCUCCCCGACGAGAUUCACGAGCCACACUGUUACAUAACAAAUUUGCAUCGUUGCGUAUUUCACGUGGUGUGUAAACCAGACGCCUUGAAGCAAAUCAGAAAACUGCCGAAAUCACGAACAUUAUAUUCCGAUGACAUAACGUAUUUUAAUUUCAACGAAAACUCGAGCUUAUAAUCCUCGUUUGAUAUUGCUUUUAAUUUGAAUUCAUUUAGUAUAUGCAUGUAUGAUAUUCAAGUUAGUUAAUGGCUGAUACU